ACACGUGUCAUGAUUCCGGAGGUUUGCUCAGAUCGCGAAGAACUCGCUUCUCUUAUCAACAAAAAAAUCCUCAAAAAUUCUAAUUAAUAAAAAGUAAAAUCCUUUUCUCUAAUCUCUUCGUCUAUUGUCUUCCUUCUUCCUCUCUUUCUCUCCUUCCUUCCGGUGACGACAGCAUGAACGCCGCCGUGUUUACUUCUUCUGCUUUAUCUCUACCCAUAUCCUUCUGUAAGACUAGAUCAUCUCAACUCACCAGAAAGAAGGGAGUGAAAGGAGAGUUCAGGGUUUUUGCUGUGUUUGGGGAAGAUAGUGGAUUAGUUGAGAAGAAGAGUCAAUGGGGGCAUUUGUUUGAUGUGGAGGAUCCCAGAUCGAAAACUCCUCCUUAUAAAGGCAAGUUCAUGGAUGUAAACCAAGCUCUUGAAGUUGCUAGGUUCGAUAUCCAAUAUUUGGAUUGGCGUGCUCGUCAAGAUCUUCUUACCAUCAUGCUCCUUCACGACAAGGUCGUUGAUGUACUGAAUCCUCUAGCUCGUGAGUACAAGUCUAUUGGUACUGUGAAGAAAGAACUAGCUGGAUUGCAGGAGGAACUAGCGAAAGCACACCAACAGGUUCAUAUAUCAGAAGCAAGGGUUUCAACUGCUUUAGAGAAGUUAGCUCACAUGGAAGAAUUGGUUAAUGAUAGGUUGUUACCAGAUAGAGUUGCGACAGAAUCAGACAGACCUUCGUAUUCAACCUCUGUCCAGGACUUAGACAGGGAAAAGACAAACAUUGGUGGGAAAAGCUUGAAUGUUUCUGGUCCGGUUCAGCCGUAUAGUCCACACUUGAAGAACUUUUGGUAUCCCGUUGCUUUCACUGCAGAUCUUAAGCAUGACACGAUGGUACCAAUUGACUGCUUUGAGCAACCAUGGGUCAUCUUUAGAGGAGAAGAUGGGAAACCAGGAUGUGUACGGAACACAUGUGCACAUAGAGCGUGUCCUCUUGAUCUCGGCUCGGUGAACAAUGGUCGUAUCCAAUGCCCUUACCACGGAUGGGAAUACUCAACUGAUGGAAAGUGUACGAAGAUGCCAUCUACAAAGCUACUGAAUGUGAAGAUAAAAUCGAUACCUUGUCUUGAACAAGACGGUAUGGUCUGGGUUUGGCCCGGUGAUGAGCCACCUUCACCUACACUUCCUUGUUUACAACCUCCAUCAGGGUUUGUAAUCCAUGCCGAGCUUGUAAUGGACCUACCGGUGGAACACGGGUUGCUACUAGAUAAUCUCUUGGAUCUUGCGCAUGCUCCAUUCACUCACACAUCUACUUUUGCAAAAGGCUGGAGUGUCCCAAGCCUGGUAAAGUUCUUAACACCAUCUUCAGGUCUUCAAGGAUACUGGGAUCCGUAUCCAAUCGAUAUGGAGUUUAAACCACCUUGUAUCGUGUUAUCGACAAUAGGAAUCUCAAAACCUGGGAAGCUAGAAGGAAAGAGCACUGAGCAGUGUGCAACACAUCUUCAUCAACUCCAUGUUUGUUUACCUUCUUCAAGAAACAAGACAAGACUUCUAUACCGAAUGUCACUAGACUUUGCUCCAAUAUUGAAGAAUCUUCCAUUCAUGGAACAUCUCUGGAGACAUUUCGCUGAGCAGGUCUUAAAUGAAGAUCUACGGUUGGUUUUGGGACAGCAAGAAAGGAUGUUGAAUGGUGCAAAUAUAUGGAACUUACCUGUUGCUUAUGACAAGCUUGGAGUUCGGUAUAGACUAUGGAGGAACGCUGUAGAUCGUGGUGAUGAUAAAUUACCUUUCUCAGGCUAAUUCUUGUUGAAGAAGAAAUCUAAUGCUCGAGUUGACGUGGAAAGGAAACUUUUAGCAGCUGACAUUCAACAGCGAGCGACCUUACAAGAAAGUGUUGGGGUGCGUUCUCUCUGCAUGUCUGAGUAAACGAUUAUGGAGUUUGGUGGAUUCAUCUUUGGAGACGAUGAAACAAUAACAAAUAUCCAUUGUAAAUCAAUAAGGAUAUAUAUAUUUGUUCACUUAAGUCGUAACUUGUUAUUCAUUUUUUGUCCUGUGUACAGUUGAUUCACUAUUGAGUAAUUGAAUAUCAGACAUCA